GAAUAACUCACAUACUGUGUAGUGUUUCUUGCACAUUUCCCGACAUGUUUUGACAGACAGAGAAAUGAGAGGAGCAGCUAUGAGUUUCACUGCAGCAGCGUGUGGGUUUGUUGUCUUCCUCCUCUCUGUGUCAGGGGUACAGGGUUGGUAUAGCUGGGGAGUGACUUGCACUCCUACUGCGAUCUGUGCCUUAAAAGGAUCAACAGUGGAAAUGAGCUGCACAUACAGAUACCCACCGAGAGAAAAUAACCGCGAUACUACAGUUGAGGAAACAUUCUGGUUUACUAAAUUAAAAGGAAAUGUACCUGUCGAUCUGAGAACAGAGUAUUCAGGUCGCAUGCGAUAUAGUUGUCAAGAGAAAAGUUGCACUCUGAGAAUCACAGACCUGAGAGAGAGCGACUCGGCUGUUUACAAGUUCAGAUUCACAACAAAUCAACCAGAUAGAACUUAUACUAGUUCACCUGGUGUUACUUUGUCUGUCACAGAUCUGCAGGUGAAAAAAUCUGGAGAUUGGCUGGACUGUUUCAGCAGUUGUCAUCUGCCAGUUCUUCCUGUGCUGUAAAGGGACAUGAGGAUUUGCCCUCUUCUCCAGUGU